CUAGCCUCCUCUUCUACCUCUUUCCAUUCUCGCUCAGCACAACUCACCGAAGGGCCAUCUACUCCACCUUCCACCCUCACCAUGAAGCUCUCCAGCAUCGUCUUUCUCCCCCUUCUGGCGGGCGCGGUUUCGGCUGCUGCCAUCCCAGCUCCUGCUGUCCUCGCUGAGGUCGCCGUCCGCGAGGCCAGCCCUCCCCACAAGACGGUGCGUGAGGCCAGUCCUCCUCAUAAGACUGCUCCGUUCAAGGAGCGCGAAGCAAGCCCACCACACAAGACUGCGCCAUUCAAGCGCAGUCCUCCGCACAAGACUGCCCCGUUCAAGAAGGACGCCGUCGACGCCCCUUGGAAGCGUAGCCCUCCCCACAAGACCGCCCCUUUCAAGGAGCGCGAGGCUAGUCCUCCUCACAAGACGGCGCGUGAGGCUAGUCCUCCUCACAAGACGGCGCCAUUCAAGGCGCGUGAGGCUAGCCCACCCCACAAGACUGCUCCUUUCAAGGAGCGUGAAGCAAGCCCCCCUCACAAGACUGCGCCUUUCAAACGCGAGGCCAGCCCUCCACACAAGACUGCUCCGUUUAAGGAGCGCGAGGCUAGUCCUCCCCAUAAGACUGCCCCCUUUAAGAGGGACCCUAGCCCCCCUCACAAGACUGCUCCGUUCAAGGCGCGUGAGGCUAGCCCACCCCACAAGACCGCACCUUUCAAACGCGAGGCCAGCCCCCCUCACAAGACCGCUCCCUUCAAGCGUGAGGAAUAGGGUGGCCCAUCUUACAAAACUGCUUCCUCUAAACGUACCACAGUCGCCAGAGAGCCAUACAAGACAAACUCUGAGCCGAGUUCAAGAUAUUGGUUUCAAUCGAGGAUCCAGAUCGUGAAGGAAUCACUAUAUGUAUGGAGGCCAAUGGGGAGCUAUUUCCAUAUUAGAUAAGUAACGAAAGAUGUAUUUGAACUUUAACUGAACUCGAAUUAUGGAUGAGUGAUG